AUGGUGAACAGUAGUACGACCCAUCCAGAAGUUGUGCUGAUCAAGCAAGAUGACGACAAGUUUUUCUCGAGACUUUUGACGAAGGAAAAUUGUUCAAAAGGCGGCGAAUCGUCUUUGAGAUUCUACUACUAUGAAGGAUCUUCUGGUUCGAUUCCGUUCUGCUGGGAAUCGCAGCCGGGAACACCUAAACCGUCGUUUAACGGCGGUUCUGCGCCGCCGCUCACUCCUCCACCGUCGUACCAGUCCGCCGCCGUGAAAUCCGUGCAGAAACCCUCGAGGAAACCGAGGUUUUCGUGUCCCUCUUUCUUCUUUCACAAGGGUUCUUCCAAGAAAACCGGCGGCGGCGGCGAUGUUUUUCCGCCUAACUCUUUCUGGUCUCCCUCCGCUUCCCCGUCGUGUUCGUCGUCGUUCUCGUCUUCCUCCGCGGUGGCUUUAACGAACCGGCGGCGGUGGCACCGGCGGUCGAGGUCGGAUGUAGGAUUCGAUGAGUUCGGUGAUCCGGUCGCCGGCGGCGUUUCUCCGACCUCGACUCUGUGCUCCAAGGGUUUUCGUGUGGGGAAGAUGAAAAGGGCAUUAUUGUCCAUUGUUGGUCACGGUUAUUAG